AAACGAUGAUGAUGAUGAUGGUAGCAAAAUCUCUACAGCAUCUUACAAAAUAGUUUACAUAUUUGUUCCAGCUGUACAUUUUGAAUUCAAAUCCUGCUGAGUGUGGAAAUCUGCUCAAAGAUUAGACCAGUGGCAUUCAGACAGAAAUAUCUCCACUGAUGAGAGGAUUCAACACUAUUUGGACAUUGCCUGCUAUCUUUUAAACAAACAACAAUGUGAUUGGUCUGCUCUGAGAUACUUUGAUGUCAUUGUAUAAAACAAGCCAAAGAAAUCAACUUUCCAAAUAAAAUUAUUUAAUCUUUCACUUGAUAUUUGAAGUAUGCGCAUUCUCUCGGUAACAAACCACUCCGAAAACAGCCCAGAAUAUAUUUGUUUACUGCCGUAAUGUCAACAUCUCGACUCCAUAAACAAUGAAAACAUCUUUCUUUGAUAUCUGCUGAAAUACAAUGAAGUAAUAUUAUAAGUAUACAUAUGCUUUUUUAAUGUUCGGAGAAGCUAUGAGAUAUCAGGUUUAAAGUUGACAGUCUGGAAAAAACUUCAAAGAUGACCUAAAAUAAAUCAUUUUCACCCUGGCUAUAUAAACUUUAAGCAAAUACUACAGCAGCCUGGAGUAACAAUUAAACACCAAAAACUAAUUGGAUUUAUCAUGGAAUAAGAAGAGUUUAGUAUUUCAAUGCUGUGAUCAUAGAGUAAAUUUAAAAUAACAUGCUGACUUAUAAAUUUCGAAUAUCCAAAACAGUGCUUUUCUUUUUGGUAAUAUUUUCCAUAUUUUUCUUUUUUGUUAAUAAUGUCCUUUUAUCCGAACCAAACAUGCAAGCUCUCGACUAUAUCACAGAUAGAAGGCAAAUAAAUGCCAAGCAAGCUGCAAAUGCAAAAUCUCACAGAGAACUCAGUAGUUAUGACUCGCAGGCAAGAGUCCAGUGGUUAGAGCGGAAGCCGAAAGCUCAUAUUAUUACUGCUGAUGAUAAAAAAUUGGUUAAAAUCCAUGGAUUGAAAACUGCAGACAAAAAUCUUAGAUUUAAGAAGACUCUUAAUAAAACAUAUAAAGACAACUUUAAUAAAAAUGAGAGUGAAGAAUCGGAAAUGAGUGAAUAUAGUGUGAACAUGGAAUCAACUCUUGAGGAUGAUGUUGAUUACAAUAACGAUGUAUAUACAGAGGAUAAUUACUACAACAAUGUAGCAGAAAAUACCAUUGUCAAAGAAAAAGAAAUUGACAAAAUAGGAACUAUUGGUUUGAACAAACCAUUAUUAAAAUUUAAGUCAUUUGAGACUUUGCCAAAAAAUUCCACCAGUAAACAACUCAAAGUUUCAGAUGUUGACAAAGAAAAUGGAAAAGAAUUGGUUAAAAGUUUCCAGAAAAUCUCAUCACCAUCCCCGCAGGACUUACCAAUUAGUAAUGGAAUAUUUUGGUCUUCAGCAAUUGAAAAUCUUGUGCCAAAAGGAUCCCCAUCCAGAAAACUAGAGAAAGAACUGCAGAAAAUUAAAACCACACCAGUCCGUGUUCUUCAACCUCCAACUUGGAAUAAAUGUGGCCGUCCAAAGAAUGGAUUAGUUCUGCUGGAAGACAACACUUACCUGUGUGCCCGUUACAGGGACCCUCACAAUAAAUUGGUAUUAGGUGAAGUACUGUCUUUCUAUCUAUCCCGGCUUCUUGGACUUGAUAAUGUCCCAAUUGUUAGUCUCUCUAAAGUGAAUCAUUCUUCUGUUCAAUGGAAAGGAAUAAACUUCAGCAAACUUCAAUGGACUGAAGGGAAUUUGGUUGCCCUUAUCCAAUGGAUUCCGGGUAUUUCAACAGUAAGAUCUCAUGUGCAAAUGCCAGAAAUAAUAUACAAAGCAUACCUCCAAGGAAAACCUUUGACUGGAUCUCAACUACAGCAAGCUAAACUAAAUAAAACUACUCUCUCAGAUAUUGUUCAAUGGGGAAGCAUGAUUAUUUUUGACUUCCUAACAGCAAACUAUGAUAGAGUUGCCAGUAUGCAAGAUGCUGCUUUGAAAGAAAAACGUCCCAGCAUUCUUCAGGAACAUAUUCGCAAUCUUCGAAAAUCUCCAACAAGCGGCAAAUUCUGGUUAAUCGAUAACGAGAGUGGUUUACUGGAUGCUUAUGAUUUACUUUAUCGCGACAAAAUAAGUGGGAAGAAUUUUGUUUCAUUCCACCAACAAAUGCUGAAGACAAUGUGCAUAUUUCAGAAAUCCGUUGCCGACUCACUUCAGACACUGAAGAGCUUAUCAGCCCCUCACUUAAAACUCGAAGACUUUGCUCGAUAUCAUGAACCUUUAUUAAACAAAAUACCAAAGGACUACACAUAUUCUCUGUUCAAGUCAAUGUUCUCAAAAAGAUUAGCUGAAGUUUCAAAUUGGAUUGAGUACUGUAAGACAAGAUGACAAAUACAUUCUACUAUAGACUGAAGAAACAUGUACAUACAAUAUUGUGAAAUAAUACAAAUGUAAAUAUUGAUAAUAAUAAUUAUUGGCCAUUGAAAAAAAGAGAAAAACUAAAAAUAAUAAAUUAUUUGUGUCACAUGA